CUAGAAACAUCGAAUCGCCUACAAUCUUUGAAUAUGUUUUUACAUCAAAAAGGAUUUGAAACGAAUUUCGAAUAACACCAUGUAUAGAUUUUGCGUAAUCAUUAUUACGCCCUAGGAAUAUAUUUGACUUGUCGACGUCGUGUGAGCCUGAUAAUUAUAACAUAAUUGAAUUAGCUUAAUGGGAUAGGAAAAUGGAUUUCGCAAAACAACUCCAGCGACUUUUGACAAUUGGGAACUCAACAUUAGACCCACCAAGCAGAGAGGAUAAUAACUCAUACUCGAAGCUUCUCAAAAUCUCGCUCGCUAAUGUACUUAAGAAUUUAGGCGAUAAAUCGGCAAAUAACGAGACGUCAAAGCUACAAGAGGGUAAUGGAAAACCCCACCAACAAUUCACAAUUGAGGACACCGUUCUUAUUGUAGCUUAUAUAAUUAUCGUUAUCGUUUCUUUAUUCGGCAAUAUGCUUGUAUGUUAUGUCAUAAUGAAAAAUAAACGCAUGCGCACAGUGACAAAUAUGAUGAUCAUGAAUUUAGCCGCUGCUGAUAUCACAAUAACAAUUUUAAACAUUCCCUUCAAUAUUGCACGACAUGUCUAUGACGAAUGGCCUUUUGGCAACGCCAUGUGCAAAGUCGUGAACUUUAGUCUGAUGGUAUCUGUGUAUGUAUCGACAUUCACUCUGACGAGCAUAGCCUUAGACAGACAUCAGGUUAUUAUGUAUCCACUAAAGAGUCGAAUAUCACUUUUACAAGGGUUGCUGAUCAUAAUUGGGAUUUGGACAAUAGCUUGUAUACUGGCUCUUCCUUUCGCUUUAUUUGCUGAAGUGGAGGCAACUAGUUUCAUCAUAUACAAAGUAGAUAGAUGUAAAUUAAAUUACCCGGAGCCGUCGGUGGAAUUUGAACAGUAUCUGACACUAUUGACUAUUUUUGCGCAGUAUUGCCUUCCCCUGUGCAUAAUAACAAUCGCGUAUAGCAGAAUCGCUUAUAAAUUGUACAACCGUCGAACCCUUGGGGACAUGACGGAUGAUCAACAUGUGUAUCAAACUAAAGUAAAAAAGAAAACGAUCAAAAUGUUAAUCAUGGUCGUUCUGAUAUUUGCCCUUUGUUGGAUGCCCUUGAACUUAUACCAUAUCCUAACUGACUUCCAUCACGACAAUUACAGAUUCCGACACAAUAGUACAGCGUUCUUUGUGUGCCAUUGGAUUGCGAUGAGCAGCGUAGGCUACAAUCCUUUUAUCUAUUGUUGGUUAAAUGACACGUUCAGAGCUGAAGUAAAGUCACGAUUCAACAUCUGCAUGGAUGACAAAAUUAAAAAGACACAUCCAUGUGUUGAAGGCGACAGUGCUUUGGUUCGGCCAAGGUCGCGCUUGUACAAAGGGUCAAGGUCAUUUGGUAGCGACAAUUUUAUGACAAAGAGGACAUCAGACCCGCGAUCUGACAUAAAUGCCCGCGAAACACUUAUCAGAGCAUGCGCCAACAGUCCUCGGCUCGCUGACUUGUAUGGAAUAUUUGGCGAAAAAGAAAACGUUGACGUUCUUCGUUGUUCUAUUAUUCCUUCGCGACCACCUGGUAUUUGUCGUUCGUUGACGUCAUGCCGAGAUGAACACUUUGCCGCCGAUAUGAGGUCAAGCCAUUUGUAAUCAUAUGAUGAUACCAAGAUACAGCUAGGGGCAAACCAUCUAUAAAAUAUAUAAUGAUGACAAAAUUGCUGAAGAUUUAGUGGUUAUAUGUAUAUGACAUCGUCAAUAAUGAUUGCUUCAUAUUUAAAGAUUAUUCAUAAG